AUGGGGGAGGAAGGAGGAUGGUGGAAAGAGGAAGAGGAAGAAGAAGAAGAGUAUAAAAGAAAUAGAAUUUCAAAGGACAAAAAGGUAAAUAAGGAAGGAAAGAUACUGAAAAAUUUCUUGGGAGAAAGAGGCUGGGGAGUACUGAAUGGAGGAGGAAAGGGAGAUGAGGAGGGAGAGUAUACAUAUACAGGGGCAAGAGGAAAUUCUGUGAUAGACUAUAUAAUAGUUUCAAGAGAAACAAAGGAAAAGAUUGAGAGAAUGGAAGUAGGAGAUAAGGUGGAUUCAGAUCACCAUCCGAUAGUUGCAUGGAUAGAAGGAGAAACGGAAGAAAAGAAGGAGAAAAGACAAAAAAAGGAAAGGAGAGGAAUUUGGGACGAGGAAAGAAGAAAGAAAUUUAAGGAGAAACUAGGGGAGAUUAAGGAAGAGGAGAGAGAGAUGCAAGAUGAGAUCGAGAGUAUAAACAAAAGAAUAAGAAAGGCUUUGGAGAUGGGGGUGGAGACAAGUGAAAGAAAAGAAAAGAAGAGUAGAGAAUGGUGGAAUACAGACUGCGCAAAAAUGAAAAAGACAAUGAGAAAAAGCCUAAGAAAAUGGAGAAAGGGAAAAGGAGAGGAAGAGGAAUAUAAAGAACUAAAGAAAGCAUUCAGGGAAAAAUGCGAGGAGAGGAAAAAAGAGGAAGAGGAAAGAUUAAUAAGGGAAAUAGGAGAAGCAAGAACAGACAAACAGGUAUGGGAAAUAGUGAAUAGAGAAAGGAGGAAAAGAAAGAAAGUAAAUGAGGAGAUAGAAGAAGAAGGAUGGAGGGAAUAA